GACCUGGUACACAUGUGAGUGUGAUGGUGUAGAGAUCUGUGAUGUGAGCAUUCAGAUUGAGUCUGUAAAUAUCCAGAAACAUGUCCAUCAUGGAGAAUCUCUCAGCAUGGAUGUGAAUGUCUCAGAGCCAGUGGAGGUGAUUCUGAACAGGACUGAUGACACCAAACCAAAUACUGUCAGACUAUGUGAGCUUGAUGGGCGUGAAAUUCAGUGUGUGUCUGAGUACGAGAAGAGAGUGUCAUUCAGGUUCCGGCUGCAGCUGAAGGAUCUGAAGGAGUCUGAUAGUGGACUUUACACCAUACGGGAUACCAGGAAUGAUGAAGUCAUUGGUACAUACACAGUAAUAGUUGGUGUUCUGCCUCAAGGGCCACUGAUUCCUGCUAUAAAGGUGAAUCCUCAUGAUGCUGCAACUCUCCCCUGUAAUCAGGUGUGUUCUGGUCUGGUCACAUGGACUAUGCACCAUAAACCAGGUGACAUUCUGGCUCAGUGUUACCAGACAUCAUGCCAGUCAAAGGAGGGAUUUUACAUGUCCCACGAUCAGUACCUGAAGGGAGAUCUCUCCCUCACCAUCACUGAUGUUGAAUUCAAUAAGAGGGCCUGGUACACCUGCUCCUGCAAUUCUGAAACUAUAUGUGAUUGGACUCUUCAAGUCCAUGCUUUCAGUAAAAAAAUUCAUGUCCUUGCUGGAGAAUCUCUCAGCAUGGAUGUGCCCAUCUCAGAGCCAGUGGAGCUGAACAAGACUGAUGACACCAAACCAAACACUGUCAGACUGUGUGAGAUUAGGGGGCAUGAAAUUCAGUGUGUCCCUGAGUAUGAGAAGAGAGUGUCAUUCAGUUCCAGUCUGCAGUUGAAGGAUCUGAAGGAGUCUGAUAGUGGCGUUUACACCAUACGGGACACCAGGAAUGAUGAAGUCAUUGCUACAUACACCAUCACCACAACCACUGUUGAGGGUAGGAAGGAAGAACCUGACACAGACACUGUGGAGCAGGAGCUAGAGAAGCCUGACAUGCUGGUGUUGGCUGUGGUGCUGUCACUGGUCUUAGUGGUCAUAUUGGUUUUACUGGUACUAGUGAUAAUGCAGAGGUUUCAAGAGCAGUUACAGAAUUGUUGCUUACAGAUGAAUGUACAAACAAAUGAAUGUAUAUAGCAGCAAACGUUGAAUGAGAUACACCACUCAGUGGAGGAGCAGAGGACGAAACAGAGCAGAGGACGAAACAGAAUGUUCCAGAGAGAGAACCAGACACUCAGGACCCACUCUUGAAUCAUAAGUCAUCAAAAAAUAAAUCACUGCUCUCUCAUCCUGUUCUUGGCUCUUGCUCAUGAGAUCCAGCUCAGUCACUGGACAAUCACAGAACUGCAUGGUCUCAGCUGCUCUCUCGGAUACCUUUACAUUUUUCAGCAUUUCAAAUGGUCAGUCAUUGAGUUUCUUUAGUAUGUGUGAUCACAUCAAUGAAUUCAGAAUUCAUCAUUGUCUUAUUAACUGCAGAUCUCAAGGCUGGUCAUCCACAGCCACAAUCUACACAUAUAGUAUCAAACUGUAUAUUGGGGAAUUGGCUGUAUAUGGGAUUGUGUGGUAUGAGGAAGACACCUCAGCCCUUCUUCACAUCUGAAUGGUGCUGUCCUUCCGGUCACAGUAGUGACCAAAUUAUGUUUUGAUUUUGUGAAGCUCCCCUAUUUAUGGAGCAUGUAUGUUCCAAUGUGAUAUAAAAAAAAUGAAUGUUGAGACAAAAAUAAA